AAAACAGGAACUUAAAGCGCAAUGAAAGCCAAGAAAAAAGAAAGAAAAAGGAAGAAGUCUUCUCUCUCUCAUCCUCACACACACUCUCUCUCAUUUUUGUCCCUUAUCACCUCACACACACUACUUCUCACAAAAAUUUCCUUACCUCUUCCCCGCCCCCCAAAUCUGCAACAAAAGAAGGAAAAAGGGUUAAAUUUACCGCUCACAUAUUCACAACUCUCUCUCUCUCUCUCUCUCUAGGCUUGCUUGAAAUCACAGUAUUGGCGCUCCGCUCCCAGUUGAUGCCCGUUUCUCGAACGUGUUGCGGAGGGGAUUGUUUGGAUGAGAUUGGAACGACGCCGCAUAAACAGAAGCCGCCGCCGCCGCCGAAGUAGAGAAUCAGUGGAUUUUCAUGCCGCCGGAGCCAUUGCCUUGGGAUCGAAGGGAUUUCCGGAAGCACGACAGAUCCGCUUCUAACGCCCGCGCCGUCGCCGGAGGAUUGGGCCGCGGCGGGCCCCCAAAAUGGCGGGACCAGCAGCAGCAGCAGCGCCACCACCGCGCUCCGCCUCCAUAUCACCCGCAGCAGCGGUGGUAUUCUGAUUUCCGCUCCCCUGGCCAGAGCAAGCAGGGUGGUUGGCCUAUGUAUUCUGGUGAUGCUGGUCAAGGGUUUAUGCCCUUCGGUUCUCGGUGUGAUAGAAAUUUAGAAGAUGAAGACUGCCAACCUUUUGGGUCUCGUGGUAACGGAAGGCAUUUUAGGACUGAUAGAGGUUCCUUUACUCGGAAAGACUGGAAAGGUCCCUCUUGGGAAGCUGCUGCAGUACAUAAUUCGACUGGAGAAACUAUCACUGAAGUGAACAAACUGAGGUCCAUAGAGAACACUCAACCAUGCCACAACCGCAGCAGCAGGAGCGACUGCGCCUCUCAUGCCCCCCUUGGUUCUAUAAGUCUAUCAGAUCAAUCUCAAACUGAGUCUCUUUCGAGGGAGAAAAAUGAUAACACUACUGAUGAGACUACUGGCAAAGGUGAAGAAUCUGAAAAAGAGAACUGCUUGGAACCAGUAGAGUGGAAACCUCUAAAAUGGAGCCGUGUGGGCAGUUUGUCUUCAAGGAGUAGCUGUACUAGUCAUCCUACUAGCUCAAAGAGUCCAGGACGUGAUUCUAUUGAGGUACUGCUUGAAGUGAAGCCGAAAAAUGUGGCGCUUGACAAGUCUCUUUCCGUAGAUGUUUCUUGUGUCAGCUCAAAUGCUCCAGCUCAAUCUGAAGAAACUGGAUCUAGGAAAAAACCGCGUCUUGGCUGGGGCGAGGGACUGGCGAAGUAUGAGAAGAAGAAAGUUGAAGGCCCUGAAGAUGGUACUACCAAAAGUGAACCCUCUCUUAGUGCCAUUAGUACAGAAUCACCGCUGUCUCAAUCUGUCAACCUGCUUGAAAAGAGUCCUAGAAUUGAAAGUUUGUUGGAGUGCGCCUCACCUGCUACUCCAUCUUCGGUUGCUUGUAGUUAUUCACCAGGUGUUCUAGAGGAAAAACCUGUCCAGGAUGCAAAUUUGGAAUUUGAUGCUACUAAUGUAAGCUGUUCUCCUAGUAUUGCAUCCCAGUCACACUAUGGUGGUUCACCUAUUAACUUACAAAAUUUGGAGCUUGAAUCCAUUGCGAAUUUGAGCUCUUUGAUAAAUGAAUUGCUACAAUCGAAUGAUGCAUGUUCUGCAGAAAAUGGUGAUACUCAAAGGAUGUCCAUGAAUAAGUUAUUGGUGUGGAAGGUAGAUGUAUUAAAAGCACUUGAAAUGACAGAAUCUGAGAUAGAGUCUCUUGAAAUUGAACUCAAGUCAUCAAUAGCCAAACCCAGGAUUUGCUGCUUUCACCCAGCUGGUCCCAGGUCUCUGGCUGGAGAGCAGCAAUCAAGACCUUGUGAAGUGCUAGAUACUGCUUCCAGAUACGGUGUUGGGCAUGUUUUGUCGAAAGAUGAUGAUAUUGAUAUCCCAGGCAGUGCUACAUCGAAAUUUGUUGAUGUGCUACCUGCCAUCUUUCCAUCCGAGAAAGCAGAGUUUUCGAAAGGUUCUAGAAAUUUGGAUGUGGACAAAUCUUGCAACUUGGAUAAGAAGUUUUUGAAGAAUGUUUUCAGUUCUUCGGAAAGCCAUGGUUAUGUCAAUAGUCAUGUACUUAUUGGGAAUACUAGUCACAAGGAUUGCAACGUAGAUAAUAUUUGGGGAUCAAUACUCUCUUCCAAUAGGGAUGUUGCUAGCAGAGCUCUGGAGCAGUUAAAUAAGUUACUGCCCGAACAGUGCGGAUUUGAUGGUUCUGUUGAGUCUAUCAUCUCUUCUUUGCCAAGGAUUUCCGCUGUAGUCAAGGAAAGAUUUCUAAAGAGGAAGCAAUUUAUCCAAUUUAAGGAAAAGGUUUUGGCCCUCAAGUUUAAGGUAUUUCAGCAUUUCUGGAAGGAAGGCCGAGUAGUUUCUAUCAGGACACUUCAAGGGAAGACUCGGAAGAAGUUUGAUCCAAGUCGAAAUAGCCAAAAAAGAAAUCGUUCACGAGUUUCAUCUUAUGCUGGAGGUUGUCAAACAGUUCCUGCCGAUGAAGUGAUCAACUUUGUGAACAAUCUUCUUUCACAGUUAGCAUUCAAACCCUACAGGAAUACUCUGAAGAUGCCAGCUUUAAUUUUGGACAAGCACGUGAAGAUGUCAAGGUUUAUCUCAAAUAAUGGUCUUGUCGAAGAUCCUUGUACUGUUGAAAAAGAAAGGUCUAUCAUGAACCCAUGGGCAGCUGAAGAGACAGAAAUUUUUAUCGAAAAGCUCGCUGCCUUUGGGAAGGAUUUCAUGAAGAUAGCAUCUUUUCUGGAUCAUAAAACCGUGGCAGAUUGCAUUGAGUUUUAUUACAAGAAUCACAAGUCAAAAUGGUUUGUAGAAGCUAGAAAGAAUUCUGGCUUCAUCAAGCAAAGAAAAUCCCAAACCACAACGUACCUCGUUGGCUCAGGAAAAAGAAGGAAUCGUGAGUUCAAUGCUGCUUCUCUCGAUAUGUUGGGUGCAGCUUCUGUGAUUGCGGCUAACAUUGGUAAUGGCAUGGAUGUUCGGCAGAAAUGCAUAUCAAGAUCCUCUUUUGGUGCUUCUAGCUCUUGCGGGGGGCCUAGGGCUGCUGAUCAUCUAUUGAAGGGGUCGGACAGUAUGAAUAUGGAAAAUAAUGAGAGGGAGACGGAAGCUGCUGAUGUGUUAGCCAGUAUUUGCGGUUCCCUAUCAUCCGAGACUACAAGUUCUUCCAUCACAAGUUCUAUUGACCUGGGUGAUGGUUAUCAAGAUCCGAGCUGUCCGAGAAUCACUCUGUGCAUAAAACGGCCUUUGACCCCUGAGGUCACUCAAGAUACUGAUGGCGAGUGCUCGGAUGAGAGCUGCGGCCAGAUGAAUCCUACUGAUUGGUCAGAUGAGGAGAAAUCCGUCUUCAUUCAGGCUGUGUCAUCUUAUGGGAAAGAUUUUGGUAUGGUCUCACAGUGUGUCCGAACAAAAUCUACCAAUCAGUGCAAGGUGUUCUUUAGCAAGGCUAGAAAGUGCCUCGGGUUGGAUCUGGUUCAGCCUGGCCCAGGAGCUGCAUCUGAUGAUGUUGAUGGAGGUGGUAGUGACAUUGAAGAUGAUUGUAAUAUGGGGACUUACUCAGGUAUUGACAACAACAGCUCGGAAUGCAAGAUGAAGGAAAAUUCUCCACCACCUCGUAAGAAUUCCAAUCAUGAAUCUGAGAUAGUGGAUACAGCUCCUGAUUUUAGAAUAUUCAAGGGAAACAACGGACUAGGUCCUCUUGAUUCUACGACUAACGAACUGGUUCUUGAGAACUCGUCAAUUUUAGGUGGUUGUGGGGAUGAUAAGCCAGUUACAGAUGUCCAGGAUCCUCAAACUGCGGCUGUUGCCUCGAAUAUGGAGUCAGAACAAGAAAUUAAGGAGGAAGUGCCCGACUGGUCAAAUGAGGUUGGGAAGGGGAUUUUGGUUAAGGCCUCAAAUGGCCAUUGUGCCGAAGAGAAACAAUGUCAAGUACCUGUUUUGCCUGAAGAUAAUUUAUCCAUUAGAGAUGCUGAUUCUAUCGACGUUAACGACACAAGAUGUGGAAUAAGCUGGAAGAAAUUCGAGCCUCAGCUAAUUGGAAAUGUUUCUCAUGCCACUGUUGAUGCGCAUUCUUCUACACAAACCAAUCAGAAAUCCGAUGUCCCAAAGGAGGCCGAUGUUGGAACCUGCACUGCUGAAAAAUCUUGUGUCAGCUCGUUGCUACAGAAUGGUCGCUUAGCAUCUGUGGCUUCAUCAACAAUAUUUUCAGUUCCCAUCAAAUACAAAAAAACUUCAAACAACACUCCUUUACUGCCUGUUGAGGCUAGUGGGAAUGAUGGUACACAUCUUCCUAGCUACUCGUUGUCGAAGUCCACUGGAUCUUCCCAGAUUCUUCAGGGAUACCCCCUUUCGUUGCAGACUAUGAAAGGGACAAAUGGGGAUGUCAGUUCUGCUAGUCCCAAUGCCCCGAGGAGGGGUGAAAAUUUGAAUUCAGACUGGCGUACAGAUUUCUCACUUCAGAAGUGCAAUGAAGCAAGGCAGAGUAAUGCCUCGUUUCGACCUCUGGAACGGGUCAGGGAUCGUGGUACACCCCCAUCAUGCUGCUCGUCUGCUGGUGACAAUCUUCCAAGAAACGGUGAUGUGAAAUUGUUUGGUAAGAUCUUAUCAUCCUCCCAGCAGAACCCUGUUGAACAAGCUGAUGAUAAUAGCAGCAGCCCGAAUCACAGAACGAAAUCGCUCAACCUCAAAGUCAGUUCCGAGCAGAAGGAUUCUGCACAGUCAAAAUUUGACUACAAUAGCUACGCACCCCCUGAGAAGACGGCCGUUAGGAGAUUCGCUCUUUGGGAUGGAAGCAGGAUACAGACAACAUUGAUCCCUCCCAUUCCGGAUUCUGCUCGCUUGCUGGCCAAAUACCCCUCUGCAUUUAGCAAUUUUGCUCUACCUUCGUUGUGUGAGCCCGUUGAUGGGGCGUCUGUUUUCCAAAGCAGAGAGAUGAGCAGCAGCAACGGUGUGAAGCAGCUACAAGAUGAUACGUUGGCUGAGAUGCAGAGAAGAAGCGCGUCGAAUGCAGCCUCAGGAACGUCGGGUGUUGACGUUGGUGGACGAGGAAGGAUGGUGUUUGGAGGUCAGUAUCAUAGCCUUACAGAUCCAGUGGCAGCCAUUAAGAUGCACUAUGCUAGGAUGCAGGGAGGUAACGGCGUCGACGGCGAUGAUAGAUGGAUCAGUAGUAGGGACGUAGGCAGGUAGCAGAAACGUUUGCAAUCAAUAUUUUCUUUUCUUUUUUAGUCGCGUUGUAUAAUAUAGUUUUUGCCAUCUUUUGUCUGAAGAUUUGUAUUUGUAGCAGUGUUGCUUCUGUAUUUGUUGCAUUUGAUGAAAAUACAAAAGUAAUUUUAUCAAAAUUUUGAUGUUCUUGAA